AUGUCUUUUGAUAUAUUUUGGGAGAAACUUGAUAGACAAGUAGCACAAAAAGUUCAAGAUAUAAUAAAUGAACAUUUUCGUAAUACGAAUAAUAAACCUUCGUUUAUAGGGAAUAUAGAAAUAUCGGAUUUUGAUUUUGGUACUCUAUCACCAUCAAUUGAAAUUAUUGAUGUCACAGAUCCUUUUCCAGAAUUUUAUUUACCCGAUGAUGUUGUAGAAGUUGAUGUUAGUUCUGAUUCUACUGAAUCAAGAAUACUAGGAGAUGGAAUAAGAAGUGGAAGUAGUAGUAAUGGGGUUGGAGUCGGGGUUGGAGUCGGGAGGGAAGGAAUGAGAGAUAGGAAGCAACAACCAAGGUUACGAGAACAAGCAAGGACCGAAAUUCCUUUACAUUUAAGAGAGGAUUAUCAUGAUAAUUUACAAUCAGAAGAAGAAGAAGUACCAUCGAAGCAAGAUACUGAUGCACAAAUUCAUAUCGCAAUAACUUACAAAGGGAACAUGAAAAUGACCAUUUCUACCGAAUUAUAUAUGAAUUAUCCUAGUUUAAUGUUUAUGAGUUUACCUGUUAGGUUGACUGUAACAGGAUUUGAAUUUUCUGCUACAGCUGUGAUUGCAUAUCUUCGACAUCGAAUUAAUUUUUGUUUCUUGGAACCAAAGGAUCCCGAAGAAAGCCUUUUAAAAGAUGUUCACAUUGAGUCCGAAAUUGGUGAUAAAGAAAAGCAAGUUUUGAAGAAUGUAGGAAAAUUAGAGAAAUUUAUUGUUGAUCAGCUAAGGAAAUUAAUCGAUGAAGAUUUUGUAUUUCCAAGUUAUCAAUCUCUUGAAUUAUAA